AUGCUGCGCUGCUGGGGCUCCUUUCAGCUGCUGUCCCGGACGGGACGCGCCGCCCUGGCCGAGCGGGCCAGAGCUGGCCCCGUGGUCCCGCCGGGGACGCCCAGACCAGCGUCUCUGCGACGCCACAGCCGGGCGGCGGCGAGUGGUGAGGAUAACCCUGCCUUUUCCAAGAUGGUGGAUGACUUCCUGGACCGCGGUAUCAGCAUCAUGGAGGACAAACUAGUGGCGUUAAUCAAGACCCGGGGCAGCGACGAGCAAAAGCGGAAACAGGUGCGCGGCAUCUUAGGCGUCCUCAAGCCAUGCAACCACGUGCUCAGUGUCACCUUCCCCGUCCAGCUCGAUAGCGGCUCGUGGGAAGUCAUUCACGGCUACCGAGCCCAGCAUAGCCAGCACUGCAUGCCCUGCAAGGGUGGUAUCCGUUUCAAUGCAAACGUGACUGUGGACGAAGUACAAGCUCUGGCCACUCUGAUGACUUACAAGUGUGCUGUGGUUGAUGUGCCUUUUGGGGGUGCUAAAGCUGGUAUUAAGAUCAACCCCAAGAACUAUACCGAUAAUGAAUUGGAAAAGAUCACUAGGAGGUUCACCAUUGAACUAGCAAAGAAGGGCUUUAUUGGCCCUGGCAUUGAUGUGCCUGCCCCCGACAUGGGCACUGGAGAGCGUGAGAUGGCCUGGAUUGCUGACACCUAUGCCAGUAUCAUGGGGUACUGUGAUAUUAAUGCACAUGCUUGUGUUACAGGUAAGCCCAUCAGUCAGGGUGGUAUCCAUGGACGUAUCACUGCCACUGGCCGUGGUGUUUUCCUGGGUAUUCAAAACUUUGUCAAUGAUGCACCUUUCAUGGAUGUUUUAGGGUUGACACCAGGGCUUCAAGAUAAAACAUUUGUUGUUCAGGGAUUUGGUAAUGUGGGCCGUCACACCAUGAGAUAUUUACAUAAUUCCGGGGCUAAAUGUGUUGGUGUUAGCGACUCUCGUGGGGGCAUAUGGAAUUCAGAGGGUAUUGAUCCGAAGGAACUGGCGGACUUCAGAGUGCAACACGGAUCCAUCAUGGGUUUCCCCAAGGCAAAGCCCAUUGAAGGCAGCAUCUUGGAGGCUGACUGUGACAUUCUGAUUCCUGCUGCUAGUGAGAAGCAGUUGACCAAAUUUAAUGCACACAAAGUCAAAGCCAAGAUCAUUGCAGAAGCAGCCAAUGGACCAAUAACCCCAGAAGCCGAUAAGAUUUUCCUGGGGAAGAACAUUCUGGUAAUUCCUGAUCUCUACUUGAAUGCGGGAGGAGUGACAGUAUCAUACUUUGAGUGGUUGAAGAAUAUCAACCAUGUCAGCUAUGGCCGUUUGACCUUCAAAUAUGAAAGGGAAUCUAACUACCAAUUGCUCAGGUCUGUUCAGGAGAGUUUAGAAAGAACAUUUGGAAAGCGAGGGGGUGUUAUUCCUGUUGUACCUACAGCAAGGUUCCAAGAUAGAGUAUCAGGUGCAUCUGAGAAAGACAUCAUAUACUCUGGCUUAGCUUACACCAUGGAGUAUUCUGCUAGACAAAUCAUAGACAUGGCCAGGAAGUAUAACUUGGGAAUGGAUAUAAGAAUGGCGGCUUAUGCGACUGCUAUUGAGAAAGUCUUCAAAGUGUACAGUGAAGCUGGUUUGAUCUUCAAAUAG